UUUGGCCGUGUGCCGUGCGAGGUGAUUGCUGGCCGUGUGUGCACGCCGCUUUGCAGGGUUUGGUGGGAAAGCUCCGAUACCGAAAGGUACGGACAGACGGUUUUCCGCGUGUUUUGGUGAGAGGAGGACACCCAAACUGGCGUUCCGUUGUUGUUGUUGCUGCUGUUUGUUGUCGGUGGUGGCUGUUUGUUGGUCGCAAUCGUUUCUAUAGCGGAGCAAACAGUGCCGCUCCAGUCGUUGAAACGGGGAACGAUUAGAGCCCGUUCGUAGCCCGUGUUUUGUGGGUGCUGCCGUGUGCUGGCCGUGUUUUUUUUUUGCGACGGGCUUUUUAUUUCGUACAGCUCCAUAAUUAACAGUAACAGUGCAAUUAAUGUGCAAUAGAAGUAAAGUUUAACAAUCCAAGGUGUAUUUAUGCUACAAACCAUGAUGGCAGCAGUGAACGAAAGCCGUAAAAGUGUGCAAAUUGUGUGGCAAACAAACAGCAGUAUGAUUUCCUAAAACAAAAAAGCAAACAUCAUCCUCGUUUCCUACUCGAAGGUCGGAAAAACGGUCCGAAUCGACAAGGUGCAAAGUGUCAAACUGUAACCGAGUGACACGAGUGAGAAAACGCCUACUACUGUGUUGAUCCUUUCAAUGUGACAGCCUGAAAGUGACAAAACAGGAUUUGUUUAGUGACCUCAAAGUCGCUCAUCCAUUGUGUUGUCUGUGUCGGUGUUGCUUUGUGAUAUUCUGUCGUCUCGCGUUCUGUUUGGACCGCAGUGUCUGUUUGUGUGUGUGUGUGCAACAGGCCCGUCCGCAUGUGUGUUUGGUCGGGCCGGGUCGCGCCCAUUCGGUUGAGUCGUUGACGACGCCCGCUCUCCGGUACAGCAAGCGAUGGUCCUGGAGCAUCAGGGAAUGCUGCAGAAUCUGCAAACGCUCGGCUCGCAGCCCGCCCUGCAGCUGUACGCGGCGGCCGCUGCGGCCCAGCUCGCUCCCCGCAACCGUUCGAGCGUACCGCCCCAAUGGGCGCCCUUUCUGCAGUUCGGUGUGCCGAACGUGUUCGGUGGCCACUUUCUCGCCCGGCCCCGCUUCGGCCCGCCCGGUGUACCGCCCAACCUGCCCGGUCUCGGCGGAGGUGGUGGUGGUGGUGGCGGCGGUGGAGCCGGCACGGGUUUGGGCAGUGCCGGUGCCAACGGACUGUCCGGUGGGCUGCUGAACGGUGCUACCCAUCCCAACAUAUCACCUCAUCGCGCCAUGCAGGGACCACCGAGCGAAGAUUCCAACGAUGAUCGAGGAUCAGCCGCCGACGGGGACGACGAAAGCAGCGCAUCGAAGCGGCGACGGUCGCGAACCAACUUCAACUCGUGGCAGCUCGAGGAGCUCGAGCGAGCCUUCUCCGCCAGCCACUAUCCGGACGUGUUUAUGCGCGAGGCACUGGCCAUGCGGUUGGAUCUCAAGGAAAGCAGGGUAGCGGUGUGGUUUCAGAACCGAAGGGCCAAGUGGAGGAAAAAGGAGCACACCAAAAAAGGCCCCGGCAGACCCGCACACAACGCCCAUCCGCAGUCCUGUUCCGGUGAACCGAUCCCGCCAAGCGAGCUGCGAGCGCGAGAAAAAGCCCGCCGUCGGAAGAAGAUAGCGAAGGCACUCGAGCGGCAAGCCCGGAAACUGCGCGCCAAGGGCAUUACCGUCGAUCUGGAAGCGCUGAAGGCCGAGUACCUAUCCCAGCACCGGAACAACUCGGGCAGCGAUUCGGAGGACGACGACGACAACGACAACGACGACGAGGAUCCGAUCGACGUGGUGGGCGGUGCGGAGUCGGGCGACGAACCGGAGGACUGCUCGAUGCAGCGCCGGGACAGCGUCGACGGGGACGGGCUGCUGGACGAUGGAGCCGGCAGUGACACACCGCGCAACAGCAUCAGGCCCAACCCGUUUAGCAUAGAAUCGCUGCUGUACAACAAUACGUGAAACCGGACGGCGGACAGUGUCUAAGCCGGUGCUCUAUGAUGGGGCGUUCUAUGCAAUUCCUUCUUACACUAACCGAGCGAGCGGGCGAGCGAGAUGGGUGGAAAGUCGGAAAGUGUGUUCCUAAAAUCUGUACAUGUGUGGUCAGUUGCGCCGGACGAAACAGUGCUCCCAGUUUGGAAAUUGCAAUUUUAUCCUCGAUCCUGUGUUCCCAUUCCCCCCUCCAAGAAGCAAUCUUACCAGUAGGUAGAACCGAAUGUUUGCACAACGAAGCUCCCUGUCCCUGCUUUCCCCGCUCCCGCAGAACUGUGUGUACUUGUGUAAACCAUGCACACAGCUGCAUUAUUUAUUUUAAUUAAUAUUUUACCUGUAAUUAUUGUUUAACGAAAACUAGUUCAAAGGCGUAUUCCCAUGCACACACACACGCUACAAACACAGCGCCAUUGGCUCUGGAACGCUCGCACAUGCAUGCACUUCGACAAGUCGCCACCGUAUGCGGAGUGGCGCUAGUAGCAAGCAAAGAGAACUGACGAUGCAAACACGCGCGAUAGUGAGAGCGCGAAACUAUACAAAAACCAAGGCUAGAAAAAAGCGAUCCCAAAAUGUUUAAUGUCCCUUUUGAGCGGUCCCAUUUCAAAAAGAUGAAACGAUCAAAAGCUUUUAUUUGUGCAAAAAAAA